CCCGCCGCCUUGGCUCCGGCGUGCCUCGCCUGUCUCUGCCUCCGCCUCCGCCUCGUGCCUCAUCUGCCUCUGCUUCCUCCAUCGUCAUCGUGUUGGCUCCUCUUCGAAGCUCUGCUCUCUCUCCGGUGGCCUGCUCUGCAACCGCGAACACUGCAACGGCCCCAAGUUGGAAAACCGUCCCUGACUUUGUUUCUGACUUUCGGCUUCUGCAGCGUAGUGUAGCUUCAAGGCUGGCGGUGAUUAGUGGUGGGUUUGCAACAACACCAGUGCCCACACAUCUCAGAUUAUUGAUUCUCCCCGCUGUCCGAAUUAUUCAGUUACUGUUGUUGUUUCAUCAACUCUGUCGCUGCAAAUCUCACUGCAGUUUUGUUGUUGGUGUUGCAAGCUCCGUUUCUUUUUUAUCAUAUCAAUAUCAUAGUUGUUGGUCCGAGUGAAUAAACAAAAUGAAUAAAGGAGGACCAGUAGGUGGAGGAGGGUUGGGGGUUGGUGGAAGUGGGCCUACUGCAGCGGCUGCUGCAGCUGCUGCUCAGAAGCAGAAGACAUUGCUGCAGAGGGUGGAAGGUGACAUUGCCAAUAUUGUGGACAAUUUCAGCCACCUUGUCAAUGUUGCCAGGGUUAAUGAUCCACCUGUUAGAAAUUCACAAGAAUCUUUUAUGAUGGAGAUGCGUGCUGCUAGGAUGGUUCAGGCAGCUGAUUCGUUACUUAAGUUGGUCUCGGAGCUGAAGCAAACAGCUAUCUUUUCAGGGUUUGCUUCUCUUAAUGACCAUGUAGAACAAAGAAGGGUUGAAUUUAACGAACUCGGGGAGAAAACUGAUCGUUUGUUGUCUAGAAUUGGAGAAGAAGCUGCUGC